UAAAAACAAACCAUUCCCCUCUUUCUUCUCUUAAGUUUUAACUUCUUCUUUGCCUUUGCUCCGGGAGAGGCCCCCCACAAAACCUUUCUUACUUGCAAACAAAGCUUAUAUGGACACGAACUCACAACCAGUCAAACCCAACUCCAGCUCCGGCAAUACAAAAACCACAAGCCGCAACGGCGCCGUGAAAAUUUUCAAGGUUGCGCUCUUCAUGAUCCGUCGUCGUCACUCCAAGAAACCAAAAGCGUCUGUCGACAUGGGCGCUGAUAAGGGCUUGUGGCGGCGGCUGUUGGGUUCCAUACGCCCUCUCCACAUCCAUGGGAACGAACCACCACCAACUGCUGCUAGAGAUAUGUCGUUGCCUCCAUCGAAACCAAAGGAAGAUUUCGAGGAGGCACUAAUGCCAUUGCCGUCACAUUCCACUUCACCAUCAUCGUCGUCACUUUCUCGUACGUCGAGGUCAUCUUCUUUUGGCACAAGCCAAUACGCCUCUGCCAGCAGCCUUCAAGAAUUUGACGAUAAUACGGAUGGAGACGAUGAUGAAAAUGAGAUUCAUGAGGACAAUGGAGGCGACGAGAUGAUUGAUGCGAAAGCAGAAGAGUUUAUUGCACAAUUUUAUGAGCAAAUGAGGCGUCAACGCUACAAUAACUAUUAAGAUGGAAAUAAUUAAGAAGAAAUGAUGUGUUAAUCAAAUAUCUCUACAAGAGGACGAUGUAGAGAUGGAGUAUGCAUAAAUCUUACUAUGGAUUCAAAUUAUUGUGUUGUUUUUAAUUUCUUAUUUGUUUUGAGUCAAAAGAGACUAGAGUUUCAGAUAGAAUACUUCAUUCAUCACUCCUCAAAGUCGAUGACAAAUAAAGGAAAAAGAAAACACAAUACUUUUUUUGUUAUAUUUAUUUUUUUAAGUUUUGAUACGACUCAAUGUAUUUUUGAGGCUGGUUGUAAUGGGUCACCAUUUUUUAAAUUAAAAGAUACUACUUAUAUUUUUCUCCUUAUCAA